UGUGGUUACAGUCACUAAGCUGUGUUCUUCAGAGAUCAUUUGCAUAUUUUAUGAUUGUGGGUGAAAGAGGACAGCAGCUCAAAGAGGCAGGCAAGGGAGUGAGAAAUCCAAGUUAGCACGGCUCUUAGGUGACCCAUAAGGGCCUGCCAGGUAAAAACUGCUCUAUCAGUAGAAGCCCUAGGAUGUGCUGAUUGGUAAAAACUGCACAGCUUGGAGGAUUUAGUAAGUGGGCCAGUUGCCAUCGCGACGCACUGGCACGAUAUUGCCAGGAAAAGCCAUAAUGGGUCUCUUGACGCAGUUUUCUCUGCUCCUGUGGAAGAACUUCACUCUCCGGAAGAGACAAAAGGUGCGGCUGGUUAUAGAGUUGGUAUGGCCUCUUUUUCUAUUCUUCAUAUUGGUAGCGGUGAGGUCUACCACCAAACCAGUUUACAAAGACCAAUGUCACUACCCAAACAAAGCAAUGCCAUCUGCCGGCAUGCUGCCAUGGCUUCAAGGUAUGAUAUGCAACAUCGACAACCCUUGUUUAAACCACCCACCUCCAGGGGAGACACCAGGCCAAGUCAAUAACUUCGACAACUCAAUAAUUGCUGGAGUGUUGAUAGAGCUACAGUCUGUUUUGGCAGACAGGUCUUUCCUCAGCGGGGUGCAGUUGCUGGUAGAUGAUGUUGACCAGUGGACUUCAGUCCUAUCCAAAGUCAACCUCGGCAAACCGACCCUAAGAAGUGUCCUACAAGACAACGAAAGCUUUACCACCCAUCUGAUGGAGGAUUUGUUGGUUCCACCAGAUGUAGUCCAAAGCCUCAUUGAUGCUGAGAUUCAGAUCAGUCCUAUGACGGGAAUCCCAAGGUCUGACAAUGUGAGGAGCAUCCUGUGCAAGGGGACCGAUUUGGAUAACUAUGUCCAAUUUAGCAGCCAAGCUGAGAUGGAGGCUUUUCAAAAUGUCAGCUGCUCCCUCACUCAACAGCAGCUGCUUAACGCCCAGCAAGUAGUUCUACAAAACAUCGAUAUGAGGAAAGUGCUUUCAGGGCUCCCUUCUGCUCUGGACCAGGACUCAGUCGACACAGAGUCACUACUGACGAAAACCACCAGAGAUGCAUUACCAUUGAUCGAAAAUGUAAUCAGGCUGAGAAACUCCAUGAACUUUAAGGCUAUUGAGUCCCUGAAUUUUCAAGAGGACAUGUUUGGAAGCAUCAAUAUGCUGCUGUGUGAACAGCAGCCUAACAACAACUUUACCAACAUGACCUUCAGUUUGCCUUCACCUACACAGAUGGCUAACAGUAUGUCAAGUUCCAGCACGGGCAACAAUUCUGAUGCCUUUUGUCAGAUUCUUGUCGACACCCUGGAGGGCACACCUGCUCUGCGCCUUAUUUGGAGCACCCUCAAGCCAUUAUUGCAAGGAAAGGUCCUCUAUGCACCUAAUACACCUGCUGCUCUCCUCCUGGUGAAAGAGGCAAACAGCACUUUUAACUCACUUGCCAUGUUAAAAGAGCUCGCUGAUUCUUGGGAUGAACUCGGCCCUCGUCUCUGGGACUUCAUGCAGAACAGUUCUCAAAUCAAUGCAAUUCAGGCACUGCUGGCGAAUCCCAUCUUUGCAGCUGCCCUCAACCAGCGCAUGAGCCGUACGGUAUGGACUGCUGAGUUGAUGGAGAACUUCCUGUACAGCGGGCCUCCGGAAGACCGUCCGCCUGGUUUGCCACCCAAUGACUGGCGGGAUUUUUACAACAGUACCACUGAAAUCAUGAAGUUGCUCUCCCAAUUCCUUGGCUGUUUGGAUUUGAAUAAGUUUGAGGGAGCUACGACUGAAGCCCAGCUCAUGGAGAAAGCCUUGGACCAUUUGAAAAAUGACACAUUCUGGGCUGCAAUUGUCUUUGAAAACCUCCAACCAAACUCCAACCAGAUUCCUCCCUAUGUCAAAUACAAGAUCCGAAUGGACAUUGACAUGGUAGAGCAAACCAACAGGCUGAAGUCCAGGUCAUGGUCUCCUGGAGCCAGGGACAACGCCUUUGACGACCUGCGUUACAUCUUGGGAGGCUUUGCCUACCUGCAGGACAUGAUGGACCAUGCUGUCAUUCGACUGCAAACGUCAAAGUCUCAGCCGCUUGGUGUUUUUCUCCAGCAAAUCCCAUACCCCUGUUUUGUUGAUGAUGGCUUCGUCCAGAGUAUUGGAGCCAUUAUGCCUAUGUUCCUGGUGCUGUCCUUCAUGUACUCUGUGUGCAUGAUCAUCAAAACUCUGGUGCUAGAGAAGGAGCUCCGGCUCAAGGAAGUGCUCCGCGCUGUUGGCGUUCAAAACGGCGCCCUCUGGUCUGCCAGGUUCACAGAGAACUUUGUUCUGCUCACAGUUCCAUGCGCGCUCAUAAGCGUCAUGGUCAAGUACGGAAAAGUCCUGCAGUACAGCGACCCCUCAGUAAUCUUUGUGUUCCUGCUGGUGUUCUGUCUGGCCACCAUCUCCCAGUGCUUCCUCAUUAGCGUCUUCUUCUCUAAGGCAAAUUUAGCGGCGGCAUGUGGCGGCCUCAUCUUCUUUCUCCUCUACCUGCCACACAGCCUCUGCUAUGCCUGGAGGGACGUUAUGGGUUUCGGGGCCAAGGUGGCUGUGAGUUUACUGUCAUGUGUUGCCUUUGGCUAUGGGUGUGAGAACUUUUCCAAGUAUGAGGAGCAAGGCAUCGGUAUACAGUGGCACAACAUCGGCAAAAGCCCUCAGGAGGGGGAUCCCUACACCUUUAUUGUCUCCCUCGUCAUGAUGCUCGCUGAUGCUGUCCUAUACUGGUUGCUAACCUGGUACAUUGAAAAUGUCUUUCCAGGCCAAUUCGGGAUUCCUAAGCCAUGGUAUUUCCCAUUUACUUCAUCUUAUUGGUGCCAGAUGAAAGCAGCAACAGAAAAUCACCCUGAUCUGCCAAAAGACUCUGAGGCUUACAGCGGGUAUUUCGAGAGACCAGCUCCCAAUGUAAAAGUGGGUGUCUCAAUUCGCAAUCUUGUCAAAAUCUACAAAACCGGGAAGAAGCUGGCAGUUGACGGCUUGAGCGUCGACUUCUAUGAGAAUCAGAUCACAUCAUUUCUAGGCCAUAAUGGAGCUGGAAAAACAACCACAAUGUCUAUCCUGACAGGUCUGUUCCCGCCUACAUCCGGAACAGCCCUCAUACAUGACUAUGAUAUUCGCACAGACAUAGAUAACAUCAGGAAGUAUUUGGGAAUGUGUCCACAGCAUAAUGUCCUUUUUAAUGAGCUUACUGUGGAGGAGCACAUUUACUUCUAUGCCAGGCUAAAAGGACUUAGUAGCAAAGAGGUUGAGUAUGAGAUGGACCAGAUGAUUGAAGAUGUUGGUUUACCACACAAGCGGAAGGAACUUGCUAAGAACUUGUCAGGUGGCAUGCAAAGAAAGCUCUCUGUUGCCAUAGCAUUCGUCGGUGGUUCAAAGAUCGUCAUCCUGGAUGAACCAACAGCAGGAGUUGACCCUUAUGCUCGCCGUGGGAUCUGGGAUCUACUGUUAAAGUACAAACAAGGUCGAACCAUCAUUUUGUCCACUCAUCACAUGGACGAGGCAGACAUCUUAGGAGAUCGUAUAGCCAUCAUAGCCCAAGGAAAAAUGCGAUGCUGUGGCUCCUCUCUCUUCCUGAAGAAGUGUUUCGGCAGUGGCUACUACCUGACUCUGGUUAAAGAUGAAACAGGAAAGAGGAGCAGUCAAAGGAAAAAUAUUACCCGAACUACAUCCAAGGAAACUGAUCGUCCUUUCAGGAGUGGUCCAGACGAUGGCUUCAGCAGUCCGACGUGGGAUAAUUCUAAACAGAAAGCAGAUCUUGCCGCUGUGACUCAACUUGUGUGCAGCUACAUACCAGAGGCUACGUUUUUGGAGAGCAUCGGUCAAGAGAUCACCUUCAUCCUGCCCUACAGCGGAGCCAGAGAUGGGACCUUUGCCACACUCUUCCACAAGCUUGACCUUUCCAUGGGCAAACUCGGCCUGACCAGCUAUGGUAUCUCUGACACCACAUUGGAGGAGAUAUUUCUGAAAGUGGCAGAAGAUACCGGUGUGGAUGAAAGUAUACCAUCAGCAAAGGAGCAACUGAGUAGAGACUGGAAAAGAAGCUCUCGCCAAUCAAAGAGGAACAGUUUUGCCCGCGUCCGCUCUAAAUCAGAGCACAACGGUAUGAGUGGCAUGUUUGGAAU